AUGCCUCCACCACAACCAUCAUACCCUUACCAACCUUAUAACCCCAAUGGUUCUACACUUCAUUAUGGACCCGCACCUGCGCGUCAGACACGACGGUACAAGACUACUAAGAAGGUGACGCUGACAGAAGGAAACCUGGUCAUGGAUUGUCCUGUGCCUACUAAACUGUUGGAUGUAUUACCCCGAAAGAAUUCAGAUGAGUUCAAGACGAUGCGCUACACGGCCGUGACCUGUGACCCAAAUGAGUUUAAACGUCAGAAUUAUACCCUUCGACCCAAGAUGUUGAAUCGAGAGACAGAACUGUUUAUUGUCAUGACCAUGUACAACGAGGAUGAAAUUCUAUUCUGUCGAACAAUGCAUGGCGUCAUGAAAAACAUCUCUCAUCUUUGUGCACGGGAUCGAUCCAAGACUUGGGGACCUGACGGCUGGAAAAAAGUAGUUGUCUGCAUUGUAGCCGAUGGCCGAUACAAGAUCAGUCGUCGAGUUCUGAGUGUUCUGGCGAUGAUGGGUGUCUAUCAGGAUGGGAUCGCCAAGAAUGCAGUCGGAGGCAAAGAGGUGGUUGCACACUUGUACGAAUACACAGCUCAAAUCUCGAUCGAUCCAGAUCUUAAAAUCAAAUCCGCAAAUCAAAAGAUCCCUCCGGUUCAGAUCCUGUUCUGUCUCAAAGAAAAGAACAAGAAGAAACUCAACUCUCACCGCUGGUUCUUUAAUGCGUUCGGACCGAUCUUGAACCCCAAUGUCUGUGUUCUCUUGGAUGUGGGAACAAAGCCAGGAAAUACAUCGAUUUAUCAUCUUUGGAAGGCAUUUGAUGUCAAUAAGCAUGUUGGAGGGGCCUGUGGUGAGAUCUGCGCCAUGACAGGACGUGGAUGCUUCAACCUAUUCAACCCUUUGGUCGCGGCUCAAAAUUUCGAAUAUAAAAUGUCUAACAUCUUGGAUAAGCCCAUGGAAUCAGUCUUUGGAUACAUUUCAGUCCUUCCAGGAGCGUUUUCUGCCUAUCGUUACUCUGCUUUGCUGAAUGACAAAAAAGGAAAUGGCCCCUUGGCCUCUUACUUUAAAGGAGAAAACCAUGACGACAUGGAUGACAUAUUUUCUGCCAAUAUGUACCUGGCAGAGGAUCGAAUCCUUUGUUUUGAGCUGGUGGCGAAACGAGGAGGUCAAUGGACUUUGAAGUAUGUACGAUCUGCGAUCGGAGAGACCGACGUUCCGGAUGCUGUGCCUGAAUUCAUCUCUCAACGGCGUCGAUGGUUGAAUGGAUCGUUCUUUGCAGCCAUUUAUGCCUUGACACAUUCAGCCAAGAUUUGGAGAUCAGAUCAUAGUAUCGUGAGGAAGCUCUGGCUCCAUCUAGAGUUCUUUUACAACUUUAUCAGCAUUUUAUUCUCGUGGUUUGCUUUGGCCAAUAUGUACUUGACAUUCUAUUUCCUUACACGAUCCCUUGGAAAUCCAGAUAUCGAUCCAUUUGGAGGUGGGUGGGGUGCCAGGAUCUUUGAAGUGAUGAGAUAUCUCUAUAUCUUCCUAAUCUGCACACAAUUCAUCUGCUCGAUGGGAAACCGUCCUCAAGGAUCCAAGGCGACAUAUACAAUGUCGAUGGUCGCAUUUGGGGUUAUCAUGGGCUAUAUGCUCUUUGCUGCCGCAUUGAUUACUGUGAAAUCGCUGGAAGCAGCCUUCAGUAAAGUGGAUACGAGUCAAGAUUCAUUCCGAGUCUUUAGUACGAUCAUUCAGAGUGCAGCCUUCCGAGAUAUUAUCAUGUCAUUGCUCUCGACCUAUGGAUUGUAUAUUAUUAUGUCCCUUCUCUAUAUGGAUCCAUGGCAUAUGAUCACCAGCUUUAUUCAAUAUUUGUUCAUGAUGCCAAGUUAUGUUAAUAUCUUGAACGUUUAUGCCUUCUGUAACACCCAUGAUGUCAGCUGGGGAACUAAAGGAGAUAACAGCACUCAUUCGGAUUUGGGAGAAGCCAAGAAGGGUGAUGGACAGGUCGUCGAGGUCGAAGUUCCAAUAUCGUCUGCAGAUAUUAAUGAGGCAUAUGAAGAAGCAAUUGCCGAGCUUUCACAUAAAGUUCCAGAGGUACAUCAAUCUCGUAGCGCAGCUACCAAACAGGAUGAUUACUAUAGAGGCUUCAGAACUCGACUUGUCAUGGCUUGGAUUGGUUCUAAUGGUUUGCUGGCAGCCAUUAUCUGCUCAUCUACUAUCGAGGAGAAGCUGACUCUGGAUGAUGGAUCAAAUGCUUACCUGGCAGGAAUUAUGUGGAGCGUAUUCGGAUUGUCCGUGUUCCGGUUCUUUGGAAGCAUCAUCUAUUUAUUCUUAAGCUUCUUUAGUCACUAA